CCGUCUCAGAGGGAGUCCCGCAGGGGAGGGACUGCAGUGGGAGAAGGUGGGGUCACACACCCCUGGCUCUGAAUUUACUUUAUGCGGCAGAAGGACGGGUUCUCUUUUCUGUGGGGAGUUGAGUGCAUUUGGGAGGCAUGGUACCCCGAGUGCGUGGGACGCAGGAAUGUUAACAAUGGAGACUGAUGGUCUUUCCUCCCUGGUUCUGGGAUCCGCAGCGAAUCAAGGUUUAUUUUGGGUUUUCCUCCAGUUUCCGCUAGAGUACUGUUGGACAGUUGAAUCUUAGGAAGGAGGUAUUAGGACUUGAGUCCGCUGGCUAGUAUGCCUAAGGACUUAAGUACCCGGGAGAGCAAGGGCUUUGAGGGUGCAGAAUGCAGACCCGGGCUUAACAACUCUGGGCCGCUAGCUGGCCCAGGAGGAAACCCCGUGCUUCUUUGUUCCGGGCUGGAGUACUUUUUUUUUUUUUUUUUUUUUUCCCCUACAUAUCCUCAGAGCUGACAGAAACUUUGUGAGGACUUUAUGUAAGGCAAGAAAUGCAGCCAGGCUCGCUUGCGGCAGGCUUUGAGAGUCAGUUUCCAAGUUAAGAAGACUUGGCCACUCUGAUGCAUGGGGCAGGGUUUCAGCCUUUGUCUGGGAGGAGGAAGUUCAAGUCUACAAGAUGGAAUUAAGAAACCCUUGUUUGGACUUAGACUUCAUUUCAAAAGCGUGUUUCAGAGGCGCACAGUGGAGCCAUAGGGAAGUUAAUGAUUUUAGAAACUCGAGAGUGGCUUUCACAGAUGACUGAGGGUGGAAGACACUGGACCCUCGAGAGUAGUGAGGGCUGGUUAGAUUCCUCAUUCCAGGACCCAGGUGUGAACUCAGGCUGGCAAGUGGGUGGGCCAUUGCCCGGCUGGCUUGGCUUUUGGAGCUGGUGGGAGGGGAGAGGGGCAGGGGUAGGGAUUACCUGUUCCCUCCAACUGUAGAUGGGCUCCCUGAGAGUUUAUAGUCUUGCUGACUGCCUCCAGAGGGCAGUUCUCUGCAAGAGUUCUACUGAGGGGCUCAGGCACACCAGGUAGACAAGAGGGAGCACAGACUGGGAGGUAGUUCUGGUUUGUGAGCAAGGGAGUAAAUGAUACAGGGUCCCUCGUGCAGAGAGCCAUUGGGAAUAGUGGGGAGUGGAGGUGGGAAAUGGGAAGCCUUCCCUUUGGUGUUGAGGUUAGUCCCUGGGGGCCUCAGAGCCCCAAGGAUGGGGCAAAUACUAGAUGACCUCUCAAGUUUAAGGAGAGGUGUUAGGCUGGCUGGCAGGGAGGAAGGAGAAUGGGGUAGAGUGGAGGGGCCUUUCCAGGAUUUCGUGUCUGCUCUGUCCAGCCACCAGCUGGAUGAGGAACUGGAUCCAGACCCUGGUCCUACCACAUGUGGCUUUUUUUCUCCAUCAGUGGACAGGGGUGUUCCCAUGAGACUCUUGGCCCAUACCUCUGAACUUGGAGAAGGGGAUUGGGAUACUAGCAUCAGGGCAGCAGGGCUCUACUGGAGCUGGAGGCUGGGAGUCAAGGCAGUCGGAACCCUAGAGCUGUGGAGUAUCCAGCUGCAGACUGGGUCACUGUUGGGUCAAGAACACUUUCCCUGGGAGGCAGGCCACUUGUGUCCUGGCUGGGAGGAACAGGCUAUUAUGCACACCUGGAAUCCCUGCAGGCUGUUCACAGUGCCCUCAGCUGCUAGCCCCUGGCUCCAAGGCUGGUUCCUUCCAUUACAAAAGCAGGCAUGCAGGAUGUGGGGGUCCCUCUCCCAAGCAGGGGUGGGAGACAUUUGCAGGAAGAUUCUCUCAUCCCCAGUGGAGGAACCAGGCCCCUGCUGGGCUUCUUCCAGCUCUCCUCAAGGCUUUCCUGACCCACCUGCAGCAAGCAGUAAAUCUACGAAGGUCCUGGGUCUCUGAGGCAGGCACCUUUCCACUGCAAGGGCUAUGGGUUGUCCCUAGAUGCA